GUCCCACCCCUGCUUCGGCACUCGUCCGUCAGCCUUGGUCCUUGCUGGACUGGUAUCUCAACACGUCUUGACGUUUGUCGGUCACUGCCGGCACUGGCCGGCCACUUUGGAGUCUCCUCCAACGGAACAGUAGUCAGCUUCUCCCUUCGGCAACAUCCUUUAUGGUCCCAGGCACAAACGCAGACAACAUGGUAGUUGGACCUGCUCGUACAGUGGCCGCUGUUAGGCAUGGAGUGAAAAAAGCUUCAGCCAAGCGGUCACCACCGCCGUACCCGAAGCGGCAGUUGCUUAUUCUGGCCCUAUGCCGGAUAUGCGAGCCCAUCGCCUUCAUGUCGAUUUUCCCCUACGUCUACCACAUGGUCAAGGACUUCAACAUCACCAAUGACGAAAGCAAAAUCUCCAUGUACGCCGGUUGGGUGACGUCUUCUUUCACCCUGGCUGAGUUUCUGGCGGGCUUCCUGUGGGGACGACUGAGCGACAAGAUCGGCCGGAAGCCGGUUCUUCUGACGGGAAUGGGCGGCACGGGUCUCAGCGUCAUCCUGUUCGGUUUUGCGCCGAGCCUUCCAGUUGCCUUGCUUGCCCGUGCUUUGGGUGGAAUCUUGAACGGUAACAUGGGUGUCUUGCAAACCACUGUUGGAGAGUUGGUGACUGUGAAGGAACAUCAGCCACGGGCAUACACGGUUAUGCCUAUCGUGUGGUGCAUAGGAUCGAUUGUUGGCCCUAUGAUUGGUGGUACGCUUGCGAAGCCAGUAGAUUGGAUCCCGACCGUCUUCCAACGCGGGAGCAUCUGGGACCGCUUCCCAUAUUUGCUGCCUAACCUUUUCAGCGCUAUGUGUGUGUUCUUUGGGCUUGCUGUCGGCUUUCUGUUCCUCGAGGAAACCCACUCCGAAAAGAAGUAUCGACGUGACCGUGGUGUCGAGUUCGGCAAAUAUCUGACGUCUCGCCUUUUCGGAAAGGACAGCUGUUUCCGGCGACGACUCCGACGGGGAAAGAAUGGGGAGGAUCAGCCUUUGCUUGGUGAAACGGACGAGUCGCUGCCUGGAUACCGCACCGCAGAUGGAUCGCCAAAGCUCACUUCAGUCGAGGGCCCGAUUAUGCAGGAACCGCUCGAUCUUGAGUCGACGGGGGAGAUUGUGGAGGCCCAGCCAGAGAAGCCGGAAAGGACUUUUACCAAACCGAUCAUCUUCAUCAUUAUCAACUACGGCCUUCUUGCUUUCCACACUAUGACUUUGGAUUCUCUUCUCCCGGUCUUCCUCAGCACCGAGCCCACGGGUAGCCAGGACAGCUGGUCGCUACCAUUCAAGUUCGCAGACGGCUUCGGAUACGACACCCGAACUGUCGGCAUAAUCCUGUCGGUCCAGGGUCUCUACUCGAUGAUCUCCACCUCGUUCUUCUUCCCCCGGAUCACCGGUCGCCUCGGAGCGCUUCGCCUAUUCCAGAUCAUCUCGAUGUCGUACCCACUGCUUUACUUCGCCACGCCCUACUUUGUUCUGCUGCCCAGCAGCGUGCGCAUGGCCGGUGUCUACAUUCUGAUCAUCUGGAAGUGCACUCUCGCUACAAUGGCAUACCCCAGCAACGCGAUCCUCCUGACCAACUCGGCACCUUCGACCCUGACGCUCGGAACGAUCAACGGCGUGGCAGCCUCGAUAGCCAGUCUGUGCCGGGCCAUGGGACCCAUCGUCUCGGGAUAUCUUUACACGGUCGGACUGCGGGUGGGAUACUGCGGCAUGGUUUGGUGGUUCACGGCCUUCGUGACGAUCGGCGCGUCGUUUCUCAGCUUCGGCAUUACUGAGCCCAGGGGAAGGUUGGAUGAGAAGGAGGAGAUCGAGGAGCCUAUUGCUGCUGCUGGAGAUUUGGCAACAACGAGAGAAACGAUCGAACCGGCGGCCACUGAGCAACCCAUGGCCAUCAACUUGGCCCCAACAACAACUCAAAGAGACUGAUACCCGUACGCCGCAAGACUGGCGUACACAAACUUUUCUUCUUGUUUUUUAUCCUUUCAGUUGAGCUUUGUCUUAUUUUUCAGGGUCGGCGUUU